AUGUGAAGCGCUGACUCCCGAAACACAAGUCCACAGUCCUCAUGCCAUAAGAGCGGAUAGGGGAGCCAUUAGCGGACAGUAGGGGUGGCCCAUGAGUCCCGCCAGCGGCGUCCUCCGCAGUGGCCGUCAGGACGCUCCUCUGGGCGCCGGUGUCACAAAGGAAUUUGCGCCCGGAAAGGUUGUCCUUGACGAACAGCAGCCGGCUCUUCGCGCCCACGCUCACGGCCGCUGCGAAGCGUGGGCUUUGGCGUUUCCCGACGCGUCGUAGUUGCAAGGGGCGCGGCACCUCUUCGCUUUCGCACCGAAACGGGCAUGGAAGUAGCACAAGCCUGUGCCAGCACGGCCGUCGGUGCCGAAGGGGCCCCUGCUGGAUGCCACCCCCGCGCCCGAAGUGCAGAAAGUGUUGUGAAAAUGUGUGCAAGAAGGACUGGAGAGUAUGAGGAAGAAGUUCGUGGCCCAAAAAAGGAGGAGCCACAACGUCAACUGCUGGACGCAGUGUUCAAUCUGCAGCCUCGGAUUGUCCUACGCAGAGCAGAUGUCAGUGAAAAUAUUCAUCCAGAGCUGCAGCAGUCAGUGUCCAGUCACAUCAAAGAGGAAGAAGAGGGUGAAGAGGUACAAUGCAUCAAAGAGGAGGAGGAUGUGUUCCGACACAUGAAAGAGGAAGAGCAGGAAGAAAUCAUCCAGGUUCCAUCAACUGGUGUCCAUUUGAAGAGUAAAUAUGAAGGUCAAAGUGAGGAGAGACAAGGGCCAGAGCUUCCAAGUAGGAACAGCUCAUGUGAUGGAGACUUUUGUGAAAGAUCACAAACAGACGGUCAUGAUGAUGAACAGUCAGAAGGUGAUUUGACAUGUCACAGUGCCAACCAAAGCUGGAAAUGUUCUCAGUGUAGCAAAGCUUUUGCUACUAUGAGGAAUUUUAAACGACACGUGAAAAUACACACAGGUGAGAAGCCUUUUAGAUGCUCAGUUUGUGGUCAGAGGUUCUCUAGGAAGGGAGGUUUAAAAAGACACACAAGAACACACACUGGUGAGAAGCCUUUUUCCUGCUCAGUUUGUGGUCAAGGAUUCUCUCAGAACGUACACUUAAAAUCACACAAAACAACCCACACUGGUGACAAACCUUUUUCGUGCUCAGUUUGUGGUCAAAGAUUCAUUCAGAAUGGACAUUUAAAAAAACACACAAGAACACACACUGGUGAGAAACCAUUUUCCUGCUCAAUUUGUGGUCAAACAUUCUCUCAGAAGGAAAACUUAAAAAGCCACACAAGUACACACACUGGUGAGAGACUUUUUUCCUGCUCAGUUUGUGGUCAAAGAUUCACUCGGAAGGGACUCUUAAAAUCACACAAAAGAACCCAUACUGGUGAGAAACCUUUUUCCUGCUUAGUUUGUGAUCAAGGAUUUACUCAGAAGUGUCAUUUAAAAAUACACACAAGAACACACACUGGUGAGAAACCUUUUUCCUGCUUAGUUUGUGAUCAAAGAUUUUCUUAUAAAUAUCAGGCUCAGACACACAAGUGUGCUGUUGAGAAUAGCAGUGACCAAGAAUGUUUUAAUGAAUGUGUGAAGAUUUAAAAAAAUGUAGUUACUAUGUUACUGACUUGGGUAAAAUAACGUUCUUAUGUGUACAAGCUUCUUAAAAGUUUUAAUUUUGAAGGUGAGCGGAUUGCAUUUGACAUCUACACAAUGUAAAAUAUGACUAAUUAUUAACAUUUUAUGAGAGUGCGUACAUUUUCCCAUAUCUGUUAUGCCAGUAGUUUUUAAUUUUCAAUUGUAAAAUGAACCCGUUUGUGAAAUACGAACCAUGAAGACCCUUACUUCCUUUGAGCAAUGGAUGCAUUUUGUCAGUGUUUGUGAUGUUUGUAUCAAAGAAUUCAUUGAUUGAACUCAGACUGUCAGGAAACUUGGACUUUGAGCGGAAAUUGUUGUGUAUUUGUGAUCUUGAAUGAAAUACACCCCCGAAAACAAUGAGGUUGACUUUGUGUAUCAAAUCUAUUUCCCCCAUUGAAAAGUUAUUGAAAUGUCUUUUAUCAAUUGGAUAACCUCCGAAAAGAAAUGCUCACACCUUAAUGCAAAACAUGGCCCAAGCAACAAGGCUGAUGUGGAAAAACUGCAAAACUGGUCACUGUGAAGGAUCACAAACAGAUAGUGACAAAUGAGGAGAAAAAGAAAAAGUCCAGGGUUCAAAUGACAUUUCACACAAACUAUCAAUGGAAAUGUUCUCAGUCCGGGAAAACAUUUGCUUGUUAAAGCAAAUACCACAUGAGAAGACACACGGGAGGGAAAACUUUUGCUUCCUCAGUUUUUGGCCAAAGAUUCUUUUAUUAAUAUUAGGCGUCACAGUGAUGAGCUGUCAAGCGUUGGCCUCACAGUUCGAAGCACCCGGGUUCGAUCCAAGCCCUCCCAGUGUUCUCUCUGUGCCUGUGUGGGUUUUCUCCGGGCACUCUGGUCUCCUCCCACAUGCCACAAACAUGCAACAAUUAUUGGACACUCUAAAUUCCCCCGAGGUGUGAUUGUGAGUGCGACUGUUGUCUGUCUCCAUGUGCCCAGUGAUCGGCUGGCAACCAGUUCAGGGUGGACCCUGCCUCCUGCCUGUUGACAGCUGGGAUAUGCUCCAGCACUCCCGAAACCCUUGUGAGGAUAAGAAGCUAAGAAAAUUGAUGGAUGGAUUAAAAAAAAUAAUGAAUUACUUGUUAUUUUCGUGUUAGCCAAAAAGCCGGCUCGUCAUAAUGCUGGAUAUUGGUCAAACACUCGGGAGGAUGGAUUCACUCUUCACACUUCCAAAAGAUCUGGUUCAUCAGCUUUCCAGCUGAUCCACCGUGCCGUACAUAUUUCUCAGCCACACCAGAUUUACACAUGCAGUACCACAGUUCCUCUCUUGGUACUCUGUCAUUCGCUUUCUCUAGAUCUACAGAGGCACAAUGUUUCUCUGACCUUCUCUGUACUUUUCCACGAGCAUCUUCAGGGCAAAUGAUGCAUCUUUGGUACUCUUUCUAGGCAUGAAACCAUACUGUUGCUCGCAGAUACUUACCUCUGCCCUGAGUCAGCCUCCACUACUCUUUCCCAUAACUUCAUUGUGUGACUCAUCAACGUUAUUCCUCUAUAGAGCUCGUGCACCUUCCUCAUAAAAUCACAUGAAUUUUGUUUACGUCGCCGUAUUGCCGGUCAAACAAAGCAUUAUUCAAUGCAAAGUCAAUUGGAGACGACAUGAAAAUGUCUUAAAGAACGCACCCAGCUUUUGUCCGAUACCGUUAAACAUUUAGAAGGUGAUAAUAAAUGAAGGUAUGUGGAAAAAUGAGAGAAACUGGGCAUUGAGGACUCAGAUUUAAUGCCGAAGUCAAUGUUUUCGACGAUAAGAAAUUGGACUGUUAAUUGUUCUUCCACUUGUCUUGGACAACUGCAUAUAGACAUGUAUCUGGUGAGUAAGUCGUCGAGAUUUACAUGGAAGAGUAUGAAAGAGUAGAAAAGUGCCGAUGCAUACAAAUACUUUGUUGGAAUGAAUCCGACAUAGUGACGGGUUGAUGGCUCUUGAACAAGGAAGCGUAUUCGGCUUCUUGCAGGUUUCGUGUAGGUGGGCGUGUGUUGUGUGGGUUAGAUGGACUGUGCAUGCAUUUUUGGGAAGAAGCGAGUGUGGGAGGAAAAAGAAAGUUGAUUCACAACGACCGGGAACUGUUGUGUGCAAAAAGAAAAUAAAGGAAGUAUAACACCAAGUCGAUGCUCCGUGAUUUGUGUUGAGCAUCGUCUCUUUUCACCAGAAUUGGUGAAAGGUCAGGUGUCGUCAAACGGAUGAUUUUUGGUAUAUUAUUAAUGGAAAAACCCACAACCAAUAUGGUCCCAUGUGUUUUUUCACCACAAAACAUGAAUUUGACGUAUACAGCUUUUUGUAACUCCCGCCAUGAAAAUCCUCUCAGGGAUUUGUUUUCGAGAACAAGCAGCAAGUGAUGUAAAGGACAGUGGCGCCCCCUCGUGGACUCGUUUGUUUAUUUUUACCUCUGGGAAGGUAGCUCGUUGUUCCUUCGUGUUAGCCAAAAUGCCGGCUCAUUGCAUUGCUGUAUAUUACUUGAACACUCGGGAGAAUGGAAUUACCCUUCAUAAGUUUGAAAGAGACCCGGUUCAUUGUGAAAAAUUGAUUGCACGGGUGCAGAGGACAAGAGCUUCGUGGGUUCCAAAUAACAGGUAGGUGUGUAUACAUACAGGUACUAAAUAAAAAUAAUAGUUUUGGGGCGGACCACGUAAUCGGUCUCUCUCAUAACGUAGCAAAAUAUCCGCGUAUGAAAUGUGUUGAUGUGCGCAUACAGCUACUAAAAAAAAUUAUAGUUUGGGGUGGACCAUGUAAUCGGUCUCUCUCAUAACAUAACAAAAGAUCCGCGUAUGAAAUGUCAAUGUGUGCGUCGCCCAGCCAACAAUGUCUCAUUCAGCCUUGUCUCGAUAGUGUUAAUCACGUCGACUUUGAACGUACCCCUAAAAGCAGCAUAGCUCGGCUCCACCUCCUCCUUAUUUACCACGGCGCCGAAACUCAGCCACAUCGGCUGAGGCGCCGCGUUCGGCGGUCACAGCUUCUGCGAAGGCUGCGCGUCAGGCUUUGCGACGGGGGCAGCUCUGAAGAACCCAGCCGAGAAUGCGUUACUCAGUCGCGUGCGCGCAUAAAGCCUGCGACUGUGAGCACCCUCCUAAACCGCCACCGCUCACCUCUGUCAUAACCCACACUGGCCGGCUGCAAUGAGCCGCAAUGGCUCAUCUCCGCCGUGGGAAUGGAUUGGACGGGAUGUGGUUUGGCCGUGAUCGGAUAUCAUCUGAAUAUGGCUCAAAACAAUAGUGUAAUAUUGCCAUGAGGGCUCGAAACAAUAGUGUAAUAUUGCCCCAGUGACUUUACUCGGUUGUGUGGUGUUGUCCUUUUUGAAAAGAGCUUCGGUGUCAGAAGGGGCGUCGGAAAAAUGCGAAUAUCUCUGUUGUUCGGCUUCCAUAGUAGCAGGCACUGCGCGUUUUCAACGGCAGAAGUGAAGAUGACAUCAAGGACAGAUGACGCGACUAAUAUGGCGACCACUUGGAUGUCAAGGGACACUCAAUUGCGCAACUUUGUGCAUGGAUGACUCGCUCUCCGCUCACUUUUUUUUUCAUAUAGACAUUGAAAUGAAUACUGUUAUAUGUAUUUUUCAUUUCAAUAUCUAUUUUAGAAUGUUUAUAGGAAUCUCAGUCCCACUUUAAGUCCCUCCUAUUCAGGACAUUGAGGAUUGAUGCCAAUAUCCAAAGUUGAAAAACACAUUCCACAAGUUUCCAUCAUGGCACAUCUCAAUCAAUGAUAAUGAUGUCAAAAGUUUCAUUUCAAUUCAAAAAGUGAAACUCAUUGAGACUCACCAUUUUUUUGAGACAUGUAUAAUUUUGAUAAUUAUAUCUUACAGCAAAGGACAACUCCAAAUGCACCACUUCUAGAAAGAAAAAUGUAACAACGUAUUAAGAAACAUAAAAUAGAUAUAUUUUUAUAUCUAAAUUUAGCCAGUAAUUUCCCCUCUGAGAAGUAUAUUUCCAAGUGAUUAAUUAAUAUAUGUGUGAGACCUGAAAUCAAGUGAGUUUUCUACUACCAUAUUCAUUUUUUUUUAGCCGUGUCUGAUUACCACAACUUUGGAAAGAGUUACGCACAGAAUAUUUUCAAACAAUAUUAUAUUAUGGAAGCAUUCGACUCAACAUGUCCAAUAUGACCAGCACCUCAUCUACAACAGCUCUUCGAUGACAAAAAAAUAAAAAACUCAGUCGGAGACCAUCUGUUCCCGGGAAACAAGGGCGACUGUCUCCUUGUUAGUAUAGUGGACAAUAUAUCUGACUGUCAUGUGGAAGACUGGGGUUCAAUUCCCUGACGGGCAGAUAGUUAUCCUUUGUUUUUCGUGGGGCUCUUUUUCGCUGAAAACAAACCGAGCAGGUUGAUUUCCAAACAAGGACCUCACGCAACUCCAGUUCUAAACAAGUGAAAUUGUUGCUCGUGUGCUGUUAAGAGGACCAGCGAACUGCUUCACUCACCGGAAUUGCAUUCGGUAACUACAGUGGCCUGAAACUGCCAAAAAUAAUAAAUCGUGAAAAAUUUUCACCUUCCAGAAAACACACAAAAAAGAAAAUAUUAAAAUUACAAAAACAAAUAGACAAAACAGGAAUAUGGAAGUCAUUCAUUGCCAUCAGAGGAUGAAUUCAAAUUUCUAAUGUCAUUUUUCAACAUUGAACUCCAACCUACAAAUAUCAAUCUAUCCAUUUUCUAAGCCGCUAAUCCUCACCAGGGUUGUUGCUGGAGCCAAUCUGAGCAAUCUUCAAGGACGAGGCAGGGUACACCCUCAACUGGUUGCGAGCCAAUCGCAGUGCACAUGGAAACAAACAACAGUCAAUAGCAAUUUAGAGUCUCCAAUUGUGUUUUGGGGAUGUGGGAGGAAACAGGAGUGCCCUGAGAAAACCCACCCAGUCACAGGGACAACAUGCAAACUCGACACAGGUCAGGAUUUGAACCCUGAUCCUCAGAACUGUGAGGCCAACGCUCUCCAGGUACCCCACCGUGCUGCCCUUAUUUGAUCCAUAUAAAAUAUUGGGCUAUUUGUAGUAAUAUUUCAGAGGUUAAAGUUGCCAAGAGUCGAGAUUGCCAAAAUUUUGGUGUUGAUUGUUGACAGUUUUUGGGUUCAUGCAGGAGGCCUGCAAGGAUGUGGCACUCGCCCACCAUGUUUAUAUGGUUUUACACACAAAUUAAUAGAUUUUUCCACAUAUUAAAUAAGUGUUUAACAUAAUUUUUGGGUACAAGCUGUUGUUCAUGUGGUGCAAUGAUACAGGACAGUAAUGUAUGAUAUCAUGCCAACUUGAACAAACCCGUUUGCAAACUCUAGCAAGCUGUAUUCUUUUUUGAAUUUCCAAAAAGGUUCUUGAAAAAUAUAGACCAUGAAGACCCAUACUUAGAACACUAUGUAUUUUGUCCAAUGUUUUAGUGAUGUCAACAUCAAAUAAGCAAAUGAUUGAUUGAGUAAGAGUGUAUUUGUGAUCUUUAAUAAAUGACACUUGUUAAAACUGA